UGUCCCAGCCUCACAGUCCACUUUGAUGAUGGGAGCCUCUUGCAGUCCAUCACUGGUACCCCUCACUGCAGCACUGAGUGCAGGAUUGAUGCCUUCGCUGGCUUUUUGGUGAUCAGGAUCCAGCAGGACAUAUUGGAAUAUUGUAGAAGAGCACCAUCCUGACCAAAGAGUAAAACGUUUACCCUGUGGUGCAUUAAGUUAUUCUGGAGAACUCCAGGCCAGAGAUGUCCAGGCGAAAGGUGAGGGGACUGACCUGUACAGGUCGGCAGGUCAGUGAGGACCCAGAUCUGGACAACCUGCUCUCCACUCUCUCCCCUGAGGAGAUGGAGGAGCUGGACAAGGACCUGAUGAGUGUUCCAGACAUCAGAGCAGAAGACGGGAAGAUCAUCGUCACCCAGGGGGAAAGCCACCCAGCUCUGAGCAAUAACAUCCAGGACUCGACAAAACGAAGCUGCCCCAGAGGGAGGCUCGGUCAGAGAGAGCAGUCAUUUGAGGGAGAACCAAAGAAAGAGAGCCGCAAGCAGGAAUACCUGAGGAAGAUGGGCCUCAGCCAGGAAGGCGACGAUGAUACAAAAGUAGGGGUACGAAGACGGUCUAGUGUGACGACUGACAGAGAUGCCAAGAUGGAGGACAGAAACAGCAAAGGAUCUGAAAGUGUGAAGGAAGAGCGAAGCUGGCGUUCGAGUAGAUACAGCAGGAGGGUCGAGAGUGAUGCAAAGGAGGAUCUAAAUGAGAAAGAGAAAUGUGAGGAUUACAGGUCAAAAGACAGGAGGGAAAACAGAGAAAGCACAGGAAGCAAGACAAAGGAAAUGAUCUCCAAAUUACAGGAAAAAAAAGAUGAGAACAAAGAGAAAGAAAAGAGAGAGGACUGCAGGAAAAGAGAUGAUAGUAAAACCAAAGAUAUCAUCUCAAGGCUCCGUGAAAAGAGCGAAAAGGAUGCUGGAAAGGAAAGGGAACAAAAAUUUGAGAACAUCCGGACACAGGGGCUUGUCUCGAAAAUGGUCGAGAAACAGGCCAAAGCACCUGAGAGCCAAUCCCAAGAGACUAAAAAAGCAGAAGGUAAAAACAAGCCUGAAGCCAACAAGCUAGCUGACAAAUCUGAGGAGCAGGUGACACAGAACAAGGCAGAAGUCAGAACAGACAGGGAAGAGCUGGUUAACCACAAUGAACAUGUGAAAGAGAAAUACAGAAAGGUCAGUACUGAUAUGAAAGCCGAAGAGAAAAAGGAAAAAGAUGACACUAAAGAAAGACUUAAUAAUGCAGAGGAAAAACCAAAACUUGGAAACUGUGUGGCCAAAAACAGCCCAAGUAGCAAGACCAAGCAGGAGGAAGAGGAAGAUGAAGACUCAAGCAUGUUCGAUGAGCUGAUGGAGCAAGUCCAUAGCAACGACCCCUCUCUCACUGAACUCAACGUCAACAACUCGGAGGUCAUCAAGGCAAAAACACUCAUCGAGUUUGCACAGGGCUUGCACAGCAACACCCACGUGAAGACGUUUGCGUUGGCCAACUGUCGAGCAGAUGACCACGUGGCUUACGCCAUCGCUGCCAUGCUGCGUAGCAACAAGACCAUCACCAGCAUCAACCUGGACUCCAACCAUCUCACCGGCAAGGGCAUCUUAUCUCUGAUCCAGUCACUGCAGUACAACGCCACGCUGACGGAGCUUCGAUUUCAGAACCAGCGCCACAUAUGCGGCGGGAAGACUGAGAUGGAGAUGAUCAAGAUCCUGAAGGACAACACCACACUGCUCAAACUGGGCUACCACUUUGAGUUGGCAGGGCCGAGGAUGACCACCACCAACAUCCUGAGUCGCAACAUGGACAGACAGAGACAGAGGCGCCUGCAGGAGCAGAAGCAGGCCCAGGCCAACGGUGAGAAAAAAGGGACCCUAGAGGUGCCCAAAACAGGAGGUGGAGGGUCUUUGAAGAGUUCGCCAAAGUCUUCCCCAAAACCCUCUCCAAUUCCUUCACCCAUGCCUUCCCCUAAGCUGACUCUCAAAAAACGAGCUGGAGGUUCUGCUCCUCUACCACCUCCUCCUCCUCCAGGUGGUGGACCGCCUCCUCCUCCACCUCCCAUGAUGGAUGGAGACCGCUCUUCUGGUGGCAAGAACUCAAGGGACCAACUACUAGCCUCGAUCAGAGGAAGCAACAUCAAGCAGCUAAAGAAGGUGCCAGUACCAAAAUGGCUGCAGUAACACUUCCUGAUGGAAAAUUCAGAGGACAUAAAGAGAGGGAGAACACACAUCUCAUCACAGGAGAUAAACGUCCUUGAUGAAGAACAGUGCAUCAGGAAGGAGGGGGAAAUGUGAGCUUUUUGCCCUCUUUGAGAUUUCUCCCCCCAAACACUGGACCAAAGGGACUCUGUGGAGAAUAAGUGAUGCAGGUCCCUACAGAAAGUGCCAUGAAGUGUUGCCUUUUCAGUUCAUAUUGAUGCUUUUGUUGCACUAUAAUAUAUGAAGCUGAUCAUAUAACAUGUUGGUGUGUGCAGUGGAUUUCACAGGUUUACACAGCCUUAUUAAAAUUGUAUUUUUUUGUAGAAAAAUAAGAAAAUAAUGAGAAAUCAUUUCAAAUUGUUUUCCACUUUUAUUGUGACAUAACCUUUGCAAAUAAAAUGAAAUCAAACUUUGGACAGAAUAUGGAUCACGUUUAUAGAUGUCUACAAAAUACUAAAUAAGUACACACUAAACAAAACCAAUAUAUAAACAGAAUAUUUUAUUUAAAUUGCAUCAAGCUGUCCACCUCCAUUGCAAAACUUUAAUGAUCUACCAGAUUGUCCACAAAUGUACUCCUUAACACAGAUAUAUGAUAACAUGUCACAUUAAAGGUAGUAAACAUUUUGAACUGAUCCAUCAUGGUCUCUUCUUUUUUAUUUACAAAUAAAUCCAGUGUAUUUAAAGAGGGCUCUGUAAACCUCUAUUUGAUCCACUGUAUAUGAGUUAAGUUGAGUGAGGCGGGAGCAUGGGAUGAGUUUAGUUUCAAAUAACUAUAAAUAUAUUGCUUAAAUAAAAGUUUAUCACUGAUGUACUGAACAUUAAUUUGACCCCUUAUUUAUUAGUGGAGGACCCACAGCUGUAGGUGUGUUCAACUGGGUGGAAAUAUCAGGGAAUUAACAAACACAGAACAAACCUUCCGCAAAUCUGAAUACCAAAACUAAACCAAACAAAACAAGAUCAUGAACACCUUUUUAUUUUUUGUGUCAUGUCUUUUUUAAAAACAUCUCAGACAGUCCAGAGAAGUCCUAAAACAUAAUGAGGGAUUUUUACAAUGGAAAUAAUUGCAUAUUGCCAUUUAUCAGACAGAGUGAAUGGUCCUAUAGUGUCUGCUAUAUUUUAUAGAGAAUCAUUCUAGCCUGGCUGUUUUGUUAUCUGACUAAACUUUCUUUUACUAUUGCUUCAUGUCUUAACCUUUUACUGGUUUAAACUUUAAUCUAAAUAUCAGCCUGAGCAGAACUUGACACUAUGUGGCGAGCUAAAGUCAGAGCUAUCUGAAGAUAAACACACGCGUCUCUUUACACAUGUGUCUUUGACAGAGCCUGUAUGCCUUUAUGAAAAGAUUCUGGUAUGUUUGUGAGUGUAAAAAUAUGUCUGCCUGAUGUAUGAAAUAAAUAUGAAUGAAUUUUG